UAGGAGUGAAUCAAAAGUGAAUUUGAUAGACGUUUAUACCAUGGCGCAGCUCUGUAUUCUGCCUCAACUGUGCAGUUUACACAGGUUAAACUUGAAGAUUCCUGUGUGUGUUUUGUCCCUCUCUACCGAAAUAAUCCUACUUGCAAAAUGUUGCUGUUAACUGAUCCAAAGGAUAAAGAGACAGUUUUGGCAGUUUAUUUGAACCAGUGUUGGUGGCCUGUUGAAGAUGUAGUAAAGACGACUGAUCCUUCUAGAGCUGGGCUACUUUCGGUCCAGACAUUUGGAGAAAGGAUUGUCCUCUUUGUUCUGAACUACAUUAUUUUUGGAAAGCUGGAAGGGCGUUCAGCUAAUGAUGCAUUCUUUCUACCUCACUCUGCCACUGAGUGUGCCAAGAUACUCUGGAGAAAUGGCGAGGCUGUUGCCUUUUACUCGGUCAAGAUGAAAGGGAGCCUAUGUGAUGGUACAACCAGUCAGUGUUAUUUGCUGCCGGUUUUGGAUACUAUAUUUGUCCGGAGAAAGUACAGAAGAAGUGGCCUAGGGAUGAAAAUGCUGCGUGAUUUCUGUCAGUCUUUCAUGGCUGAGGAUGCCUUGGGGAUCAGCUGCCCUAUUUCUGCUGCGAUGUAUCAAGUUUGCCAGAAAUUCUUGCAGACUUAUCCCGAGGAGCAGAAGCGGCUGUGGGAGGUGGAAGCACCAGGAGAUUGGAGCCAGCGAGUGAAUAUCUGGUUAAAAAUUCAGAUGGAGUCAUCCCCUGCAGGAAAGGCUGAAACAGGCUUUCGAACCAAUAAACCCAGGCAAUCAGAUGUGGACCAGAUGAGUAAGGGCGCUGAAUAC